CAAAACUUUCCAGGGUGCUGCGCCUUUAGGACGAUGCGCCGAACCUGAACCUGUAAAGUGUCCUGAAGUCAUGUGAGUUCGCUGCUUGUGCAAAGUGGAGCCCCCUCGGUGCAAUGGAUGGCAUCACCUGGGAUGUUGAUUUGCAGUGUUGCGAGUUUGCGUUUUUGGAGUAGUGUCAUGAGUUUUUUCUCCAGGAUGCUCUGAUCAUAUAUGCAGAGUUUGCAUUGGUUGCCGCUUCAGUUCAGUAAAAACAUUGACAAUUCCACGCGCCCCCAAAAAAGAAAGUUUACACUGACACUUGUCUACAUUGACAGUAGUGAGUACACGUGGACACUUGUCUACAUCGCACUCCCAAUCAGCAAAUACCCCUACCUGUUCCUAAAUUCCAACCACUUAAUGACGCUUAUCAUCAUGGUAGCAGCAGCCAUAUCUGUAUGUGCAGUGACGCAGUAUCAGAGGAUAAGCUCCGGAGAAAAAGCGAAGACGACACGCUCGCACGCACGCAACUCACUCUGCCGUUUCGAUUCAUUCACUCGAGUGAGUCGACUCCUUUAUCGUCUUCCCCUCCUCUCCACGAGCUUCCUUUUCAACCGCCACAUUGCUCUCGCGGGUGAUUCUUCUUCCACUUGUACUCUACCUCCCGCUCCUCACCCGCCGUCUCCACUCCACCGCAAAUGCCGCCCAAGGUGUCCGCCGUCGCCGCCGGCGAGGCCCACACGCUCGCACUCACCAGUAACGGGGAGCUGUACUCAUGGGGGCGGGGCACGUUCGGCCGCCUUGGCACCGGUCGCGAGGCGGACGUGCACGUGCCCACCGCUGUCGUGCCCGCCGUCGCUGCUCCUGCUGCGGGGAGGCAGCGGCCCAGGUUCACCGCUGUCGCCGCCGGCGCGUACCACAGCCUCGCGCUCGACGAUGAAGGCUCACUCUGGUCAUGGGGCUACAAUAUCUCUUGGCUAUGGAGAAGAGAAUUCCCUUUCUCCAUGUUUAGUCGACGGUUUUCAAGAUUUGGGUUCUCCUGAAACACUGCAGGACGAAGAACAGAAUGCUCUUGCACGGACUCCUUUGAAGUUGUCUUCUGUGAAGGCUGGGGGCAUGAUGUCAUUCGCAAUAGACAGUCUUGGGGCCCUGUGGAUGUGGGGAAAUUGCCCGCAGCAGACUGAUGAUGGGGAGUUUUGUAUAGCAGCUACCUCAGCCCCACUGCCUGUGUGGGAUUUCCAUGGUCACACUGUAGUUAAGGUUGCCUGCGGUAAUGAACAUGUUGUGGCUGCCGUCAGCGCUGGAGAAACAUAUACAGGAGGUGACCUUGUCUGUUAUUCCUGGGGCAACAACAACCAUGGGCAGUUGGGUCUGGGUGACAAGGAAAGCAGGUCUCGUCCCGUGCUCAUCUCAGAAUUUAGUGAGGGCUCUUCAUGGGAGGUGUAUGAAAUUGCAUGCGGAGCUUGGCACACUGCUGUGCUCACCAAUAAGAAGUCUUUUGAUCAGGAUCUUGAAUCUCGGUGCUGGACAUUUGGCAUUGGCGACAAUGGACAGCUUGGCCAUGGAACAACUGCCACCAUCUGCUCCCCGCAGCCUGUUGACGGCUUGCCCACUGGUUCCUUCCUCAUCUCUCUUGAUUGUGGAUUGUUCCACACGGCAGUCGUCUCCUCCGAUGGAGAGGUGUGGUGCUGGGGAAUGGAGAGAGGUCUCGGAUUGUGCCCAGAUGCUAGCUUUUCAGGAAUGGACGCAGGGGAUGCUCUGUACCCCAUAAGAGUUCAGUCUCCUGAGACGAAUGGGUUCAAGUUUCUGGGUCCAGUGCAGGUUGCCUGUGGAGCUGCCCACACUGUUCUUGUUGCCGGUGAGGGGUACAGGAUGUGGGCAUGGGGCCGUGGCCGCAGCGGCGUGCUUGGGAGAGACCAGACUACUGACAGUUACACUCCAUGCGUUGUGAUGUGGCCUCCUCUUGAUGAGAACUUCCAAGAGAUUCAUGAGGACCAAGGGCAGGCAUCGACAUCAAGAGCGAAUGACCGCACUAACACCGAGCUGGAGCUGAAGUUAUCUGCUGCCUCAGAGGAGCUACAGUUCCUUAGGUCAAAACUGACACUCAUGGAGAGAUAUGCCAACAUACUUCACAUUUCAAUAUUCCGCAAGCCAAUGGACGAAAGGACGCUUCCUCGUUCACUUCAAGAGUCUGCAGUCUUUGACAUCAGGAAGGAAUUUGAGAACAUCUUGGAUUCGUCAGAUACUGAUGAACUCGCUCGCUUGGAGAUGUUUUACCGUAGCAUGCUUUCUGGUGUGAAGGACAAGCUUCUCAAGAGAAAAGUUCAAGUGAUGGUCCAGGAAUGCAUUGUUUCACUCUCUGCAGGGAGGCAAACCCCGCGUGGUCAGUGAGUUGGAAGACAGUUGUUAUAAACUGCAUUUUCACUGUACAGAAUCCAACCUAUAUUAUGUGUUAAAAUCGCAAUAAGCUCUCUGUGCAAACCUGUUGUUUCACCUAGUUUGUCAAACUUUCUACUGCAACGUAGACCAAUUAUUUGGUAUAUCACCUACCACUGAUGGUCACUUGGCUGACCAAUUUAUGGGCA